CAUUAUGACCGAGCUGUACUGACGUGAUAAGAGCUCGAUUUCGAUGGCCAGACCUGAACCUUGCUCCCUGUGAGAGUUUCACAGCCUUGGGUGGAGUCCUGCUGCUCAUCUGCUGUUUCAGGAAAUGAAGCUUUGGACCACUCCGCACAGCGCAACGGGAGCGGGAGCGGGAGCGCAGAUAACAACACUAGCAUGACUGUUUCCUGGAAAUCAUGGCCUAACCGCCUCUGCAUCUUUUUAUCACUGUGUGCAGCUGGAGAUUCAGCGGUGUCAGAACAGUUCCAGCUGGAGCCGCUGCAUUCAACAGUGCUACAAGGCUCUGAUGUGCAAUUCAAGGCCACCGUGCAGGGAAUAUUGCAGGUCAUGACCUGGAAUGUCGGAGGGUAUCUGGUCCUCACUGUCCUUGCCACCGGUAACAUAUCCUCGUCCUCAAAGCAGUUUUCUGCCAGAUUCUGCUCCAGUGGUGACACCAGCUCUGUGGAGUUCACCAUCCACAACGUCACCCACAGGGAGUCCGGGCGGUCAUCUGCAGUUUGCAGGGGGAGUAUGGAUCAAAGACAGCACAGCUUUAUGUACAAGAUUCAGCGGUGUCAGAACAGUUCCAGCUGGAGCCGCUGCAUUCAACAGUGCUACAAGGCUCUGAUGUGCAAUUCAAGGCCACCGUGCAGGGAAUAUUGCAGGUCAUGACCUGGAAUGUCGGAGGGUAUCUGGUCCUCACUGUCCUUGCCACCGAUAACAUAUCCUCGUCCUCAAAGCAGUUUUCUGCCAGAUUCUGCUCCAGUGGUGACACCAGCUGUGUGGAGUUCACCAUUCACAACGUCACCCGCAGGGAGUCCGGGCCGGUCAUCUGCAGUUUGCAGGGGGAGUAUGGAUCAAAGACAGCACAGCUUUAUGUACAAGAUUCAGCGGUGUCAGAACAGUUCCAGCUGGAGCCGCUGCAUUCAACAGUGCUACAAGGCUCUGAUGUGCAAUUCAAGGCCACCGUGCAGGGAAUAUUGCAGGUCAUGACCUGGAAUGUCGGAGGGUAUCUGGUCCUCACUGUCCUUGCCACCGGUAACAUAUCCUCGUCCUCAAAGCAGUUUUCUGCCAGAUUCUGCUCCAGUGGUGACACCAGCUCUGUGGAGUUCACCAUCCACAACGUCACCCGCAGGGAGUCCGGGCCGGUCAUCUGCAGUGUGCAGGGGGAGUAUGGAUCAAAGACAGCACAGCUUUAUGUACAAGUUCCUAAGCCUCCUGACUGGACUGUGCUGAUAGCUCUGGUCGUGUCUAUCGGAGGUUUUGCUCUGCUGGUUUUGCUCAUCCUCGGAAUCAUCUUCUGCUACAAACGCAGGAAAGAAAAACAGCCCAACUACCAAGAUGAAAUGAGCAGGAGAGUGAGGACACAGAUAAGUGUUGUCGAUGCAGCUGGACAGAGACAGGGUCAAGCAAAUGCAGGAUAUGUGCCGGAGGGUCAAACAAGCGUCGAACUCAGUGACAGUGGCUUUUUCCAGGCAAAUGGCUCCAAUAUUUUGGAGAUGCCUGAUGUUGUGAACAGUAACCAGGUAGGAAAUGACUACAGUAGUGCCUACAACACUGUGGACAAAUCAGGCUUCAGGAAACACAGACAUGCCACCAUUGUGUAAGGACAGACAGAGGACCAAGAAGUCUGCAAAUGUUUAUGAGUUUCGGAACAAACUUGCACAGCACCUUGAAGCCUUACAGCUCUUUUGGUUGUUCUCAUAUGGUAGACUAACGGGCCAGAGGCUAUAUUUGUGUUGAAUGACUAUGUUUAUAUAGUUUAUACUAAGCCUUUUUAUUUUCAUUUUCAGGUGUUCUGUAAUUCAAAUUAAAUAUUCAAAAGGGACCAUCUUAAACUUCCUUUGUUCUCCUACAUCUGUAAAUGUCUUAAAAUGUAAUGCUCCUUAAAUGUAACACUUAGAUGACUGUUCUAUGAUCAUUGGCCUAUUUUAAGAUGUGAUGAAAUAAUUAAUGAAUCAAUAAAACCCUUUCACAUAUA